UAGAAACCACAAGUAAAUCAAAGCCAAGUUGAUCAGCUGAGGAGCGCGGAGGAACACUGCAAAGCAAAGUCAAAACCAGAGGAAACAGCUGGGGGAAGACGCACGAAGAGACCUGUUGUUGACUAUAGUAGAGAGAAAGAACAAUGAGAGGGCGAGCUGGUUAAAAGAGGUGAAUUACAGUAGACAUUACGUUAUUCGGGAUCAAGUUGGACACCCAGGUGGACGCACACACGGAGCAGGAGAAGUCACUCAUUUUUGAGCCCACGUGCUGCUGAUCCGUUGCUGCCGCCUCAAGAUGGCAGGAGAGGAUCAUAGAUAACUGCGGGGGUAAAGCUUACGUCCUCAGUCUCACAUCAAGGAAAAAAACUCUCCACGCGACUGUUAUCUUGUUCAAAAAACAGUUUCUCUUUUUAGUAAUCAAUAAACACCAAACCACAAACAAUGGCGUCCUACAGCCCUGCCCCAACACAUGAGGUGAACAAUGCUGACAAACAAUCUACCAAAUCUAAAGGCCCAGAGUCCAUGAAGCUGAAGCAGGAGAUCUCCCUCCUGAACGGGGUCUGCCUGAUAGUGGGGAACAUGAUUGGCUCAGGGAUCUUCGUCUCACCAAAGGGCGUCCUCAUCCACAGCGCCUCAUACGGCCUCUCUUUGGUGGUGUGGACCAUCGGAGGGAUCUUCUCUGUGUUCGGGGCCCUGUGCUACGCCGAGCUGGGGACCACCAUCACCAAGUCAGGGGCCUCAUACGCCUACAUCCUGGAGGCAUUUGGGCCUUUCCUUGCCUUCAUUCGAUUGUGGACGUCGCUGUUGAUCAUCGAGCCGACCAGCCAGGCCGUCAUAGCCAUCACAUUCUCCAACUACAUGGUGCAGCCCAUAUUCCCCACCUGCAUAGCUCCUUACUUGGCCAACAGGCUGCUGGCUGCUGCUUGUAUAUGUUUGCUGACCUUUGUGAACUGUGCCUAUGUAAAGUGGGGCACCAGGGUCCAGGACUUCUUCACGUACGCCAAAGUCCUCGCUCUCAUCGCCGUCAUCAUCACUGGCCUGGUGAAAAUCGGACAAGGUCACACACAGAACUUUGAGGGCCUUUUUGAAGACUCAUCUCAGGAUCCAGGACACAUUGCUCUCGCUCUGUACUCCGCUCUGUUCUCCUACUCAGGAUGGGACACCCUCAACUUUGUCACGGAGGAGAUCAAGAACCCAGAGAGGAACCUUCCACUGGCCAUCGCUAUCUCCAUGCCUAUAGUCACCGUGAUCUACAUUCUGACCAACGUGGCUUACUACACCGUCCUCCCCAUGAAUGUAAUCUUAGACAGCGACGCUGUUGCUGUGACGUUUGCAGACCAGGUAUUUGGUGUCAUGAGCUGGACUAUUCCCUUGGCUGUGGCUCUUUCCUGCUUCGGAGGACUCAAUGCCUCCAUCCUGGCUUCCUCCAGACUGUUCUUCGUGGGCUCCAGAGAGGGCCACCUGCCCGACUACCUGUGCAUGAUCCACGUCCACCGCUACACUCCUGUCCCCGCCCUGCUCUUCAACGGAGUCAUGGCUCUAAUAUACCUGUGUGUAGAAGACGUUUUCAGGUUGAUCAACUACUACAGCUUCAGCUACUGGUUCUUUGUUGGUCUGUCCAUUUUGGGGCAACUGUAUCUGCGCUGGAAGCAACCUGACAGAAAGAGACCACUAAAGCUCAGUCUCAUCUACCCCAUCAUUUUCUGUCUGCUCACGGUCUUCCUGGUGGUGGUGCCGCUCUACAGUGACACCAUCAACUCUCUGAUCGGCAUCGGCAUUGCCCUGUCAGGAGUGCCCGUGUACUACCUCUGCUGCUACACUCCGGCCCAUAAGAGGCCACUGAGGCUACGGAGCCUCAUUGCUAAAUCCGGCUUGCUCAUUCAGAAGGUGUGCUACUCUGUUCUGACUGAAAUGGACAAAGAAGAGUAGAUGUUUGCUUUUACCAACCUGCCGAAGACUGACCACGCACAAAAUGUAGAACCUGAACUCAUCCUGGCCAGCCGCUGCCGCCACAAGGCCUCGGUGGGACGAAGCAUUGGGGCUUGAGCUGGACCCAGCUCUCUGACCUGUCAAUCAUUACCCGGCGAUCUCAUUAAUGAAUGUAUGAAUAUUGGCGCGCGGGUGCUAGUUGGCAAGAUUUCACUCUAGCUGACAGACUUCAGAGAGAACAUUUAAUGCACUCCCGAAGAAAUCAUCACCUCUGUUUCAGAAGUGUACACCUUAGUAGGAAUUAUUGAAUUUAUAUGUCAAGACAAGUUUUUUGUUAAAAGUGACCUACAUGCAAUACCUUUUUGAUUUUACUGGAAGGUGGCAAAUUAUUAUGAUUAAAUUGUUUAAGUGAA